GUUUCGACCAAACAACCGACAAUUACCGCGUUAAUUGUCAUCGAUUUCCGGACGAACGACCGAAGCGGCCUGUGAAUGGACAGCCCACAAAAACAUAAUUCCAAAUUCGAAUUUUUUUUCUUUUUUUUUAAUCCAUUCAAAAAAUAGUUCGAUCGUACGAUUUUUUUAAAUGUUUGUUGACGCGCGUUGAAGUGAUAAAGAGUUCCGAAUUCAAAAUUGUGUGAAACUUUAAUUUAAAUAUUGCCGAUUCAUCGACGGGAGCGAAACGUUCUAGAACUAUUUAGAAUGAUUUGAAAAUUAAAUAAAACUAAAAAAAAAAAGAAACGAAAUGGAACACGAGACUCGAAGCGAUUCGCCAACAACAAAUUCAAAUCGUCCGGAACACAAUUCAAAAACUUCAUUCCUCAUAGAAGACAUACUUUAUAGAGGCGACAAUCGAUUUAAAGUUCCCAAUGUCGAACGAAGACUCGACUACGAGCCGCGGCCUUACUUCUCCGUGGCUGGCGACGUCAGGCCUCACCAGACCAGGGAAGGGUAUCUGCAGGUCGCCAUGGGAGCCCUAGGCGCUUACCUGCACACCCCCAAUACGUAUAAAGCAGUCGAACCACCUUAUUUUUUGUCGCAAGGUGUGCCGUAUCACGCUUUGUUCACGCCUUCGGAGCUAUCGCUGUCUGCGCUAAAGCACUGCAGACGACGGAAGGCCAGAACAGUCUUCUCGGACCCUCAACUAACAGGUCUGGAGAAACGGUUCGAGUCGCAGCGCUACCUUUCGACUCCUGAGCGAGUUGAGUUAGCAGGAGCGCUGAACCUCUCCGAAACCCAGGUGAAGACGUGGUUCCAGAACCGACGGAUGAAGCACAAGAAGCUGAUGAGGAAGCAACAGCAGCAGAGGAAUUCUACGGCGGCCGUCGAUUUUACGGCGAAGCAUCAAGCCUUAUCGGACUGUAGGAAGGCGCAGGAAGAUUCUAGAAUCUCGACCACCCACACGUCCGAUUCCGAUUCGGAUCAUAGCGACAGUGACAUUGAUAUUGUCGGCGAGUCGAGUUACACCCAGCGCUACGCGUCAAGUAAUGCUUAGUAGGAAUUGAUGUACCGGAUAUAAGGACCCAGUUCGGAAGCGAAGGCAACGGUGAUGUUUCUGGAUCCUGACGCAAGAAAC